AUGGACUAUGAGAGAGCCAGAGCUGAACGGAAGUUGCAACUACAAGAAUUAGAGAGCCUUCGCCUUGAAGCUUAUGAAAACUCUAGGUUGUAUAAAGAGAAGGUGAAGGCUGUGCAUGACAAGAGCAUUAAGAGAGGGGACUUAGUCCUACUUUACAACUCCAGAAUGCGACUCAUGCCAGGCAAGCUGAAUUUCAGAUGGGAUGGUCUGUAUCGAGUAGAGCGGGUGGAACCAUACGGAGUCUUUCACUUGAGCCAUCCUUCAAGCUAUGAACUUAUCAAGGUCAAUGGACAUCGCUUGAAGUUAUUCCAUGGUGAAAAGAUGGCGAAAAACCAGGAACUAGAGAUCUUUCUCUUAGAAGAUCCGCUCACAGCAGAAGACUGA